AUGUCUAUCACAUGGCAGCUCGCAGCCAUCCUCAUCGCUGUAACCGUGGUUCGGGACGUCUGGGUUAUCAUCUACCGAUUGUUCUUCCAUCCUUUGGCGAAGGUCCCAGGACCUCUUCUCGCAAGAGCAUCCUUCUUCUACUCCUUUUGUAACCCGGAAAAUCUUGACAAGAUCUACUAUUUUGGAUCGCGGUUCGGCAAAAGCGAAGCCUUCUACGGUGGCUUUGGUAUAGAUAAUGCCACCUUCACCACUCCCGGCCAUGACCUCCAUCGGGUGAAACGAGCAGCUUUAAAUCCUUUCUUUUCGCGCAAGAUGGUCUUUGAGCUAGAAGACGUCGUACAAGAAAAGGCAAAGAAGUUGGUAACUCGGAUGCGAUCGGCGUUCGAGUCUACAGGAUACAUUGACCUGCACCACGGAUUUCGGGGAAUUUCCAUUGAUGUCAUCACCGACUAUGCAUUCGAUGAUUGUUAUGGCUGCUUGGGCAAGGAGAACUUUGGGGCUGAGCUAUUCAAUAUGCUCCGCGAUAUGGGUCCUGCAUUUUGGUUCUUCCAGCAAUUUCCUUUCAUACGAGAUCUGGCUAUUCAGACUCCAUUCUGGCUCGCCAAAUUGAUGAGCAAGCCACUGACAAGACUGAUGCUGCAUCGUGAGCGUUCCAAGUACCAGAUCCUGAAAGUCAAGGAGGCUGUGGAAAGAGGUGAUAAAGUCUCACGAAAAACAGUCUUCCACCAACUCCUUCGACCAGACGCCGCGGAAGGAUACAAAGUGCCCACUAUCGAGGAACUCAAUGACGAUGCCUAUGUCUUCAUUGCCGCCGCUGCUGAUACAACAGGUAACGCAAUGACGAUUGCAGCAUAUAAUGUCGUCUCCAAUCCAAAGAUAUAUGAACGUCUGACAGCAGAGCUGAGAGGGAAGUUUCCAGACCCUGAAGCGAAAAUGGACUUUGUGACCCUUGAGAAAUUACCCUAUUUGACUGCAGUGAUCAAGGAAGCACUUCGAUUGUCAUUCGGUGUCGUUGGCCGACUUCCACGAGUCGUUCCCAAAUCUGGUGCUGAGUUCCAUGGUUACCAUUUCCCAGAGGGAUCUAUCGUGAGCAUGAGCUCGUGGAUGCUGCAUCGAAACGAGGACUUAUUUCCAAACGCAGAGACGUUUGAUCCGACGCGCUGGCAGAACCCUGCCACUUACAGUGCCCUCGAAAAGCACCUCUUCGCGUUUGGCAAGGGCUCCCGGCAAUGUGUUGGGAUGCAACUCGCUUAUUCAGAGCUCUACAUAACCCUCGGUCGAGUAUUCCGGCAAUUCGACGAUUUGAAGACGCGGAAGAAAACCAGAGAAGAGUUAUUAUACGAUGACUACUUCACAUCCUACCAUCCUGAAGCAUACAACAAAUUUAUAUUCGAGCGCGCCGGAUAG